AUGUCUCAACGUCACAAAUCAAUUCUCUAUGGUUUAUGUUUAUUUUGUUCCAUUCUGCUUGUCUUUCAAUUUUCAUCAGUUAUUGGAUUCUCUCCAAGAUUUAAUAACUCCAUCAUUGACAUGCACUCACCAAAACGAUUCUAUUCGAAACACUUUCACAAUUGUACCAAUACCUCCCCAAUCAUGCUCUAUUCCAUCUUUAAUUCAUACCUUCCACAACAAAAGUACAUCUUCUCAGAUAUUCCAGAUGAUUUCUAUUGUGAUAAUGUAACCCUAUGGAACGAUUACUCAGUCGACGCUCAUUUCCACAAAUAUAACAAUUCAAUCAUGUAUUCAAUGUUUCACACCUCAUCAAAACCAUCAGAGUGGUAUGAUAUUUGUGGUAGAGUGAGAAAGUGGGAGAAUAUUCUUGGGAGGGAUUGUGCUUCCUUUCUCUGUGAUUACAAUGAAACUUAUUACUUACCUGAAUAUUUGAAACAAGUUACAAAUCAGGAAACUACAAUUUUUGAUUGGAUGAAUUAUUGUGUCUAUUGUAAACCUGGUAAUAAGACAUAUGAUUGUAAUCCUAGAGAUUUCUAUACUCAAGUAAUGGUUUAUAAUUUUCCAACUUCAGCUCUAUAUUGUGGUUCAGUAGAAUUUGGAAUUCCAUUCGUUGUAAACAAAUCAAUUGUUUCACCAAUUUUGAAUCAGUCAUUUCACUUCAAUGCAGCAGGUCUCGAUUUUAAUUAUAUUUGCUAUUGUGUCGAUGGAAACCAAGGUUACUUUUCAUUCAAAUGUAACGGAAAUAGAUAUAAUUAUUGGAUUGACUUGAUCAUUCGAUAUUUUGUAAUUGUUUCACAUACACUUUCCAUUCCAUUGAUGAUUUUUCUUGUAAUUAUUCCAAAAUUUAUUGAUUUUAGAAGGAGAAAAAGUUUAUAUAUAGUAUGCCCUUGCUUGGGUGCACUCAUUUCAGAACUAAUCUUAACCAUUGAGUUGUAUCUAGCUCAAUUAUAUGGCCCUGGAAAUUAUCGAAUGAUUAUGGAUUAUUCCAGUUUCUCAUUUGCACUAAUCGGUUUAUUUUCAUGGAUUUUCAAUUGGUUGAGAUUAAUUGGUAAGAUGGUCAACCAAAAAUAUGGAGUUGUCAUUAAUUGGGUUCAUUUAGGAAUUUCAAUUUUUAUUCUAAUCUCUGCAAUUUCUGUAAUUAUUGCCCAUCUCUAUACUGAUUAUCAGUAUACAUUUGCCAUUGUUUACGCAUUAUUGGCAUUUUUCAUUGGAUUAUUCUUCCUUACAUUUGGAAUUGUUGGAUUUAGAUUAUUGAAAAAAGUGUCAGAUGUCAAUUUACUCAAUUCUUCAAUUGUUUACUACUUGAUAUUUAUCAUUUCAGUUCAUUUUCUUAUUCCAAUCUCAUCUGUGUUGGAUUUUUCAUUCAUGAUGAGAUCAAUGGCAAUUGCGUUCAGAUAUUACUUUAUUUUAAUUGUAAAUGUUUCUGUUCUAUUUAUGGAUUCAAGAAGAGAGGAGAUUAAGGACAUGUACAUGAAAUGUUUCGGUAAGGCUGAAAGGAUUAGAAAGCAAUCACUUACUAGUGCCUCAGCAGCAUUGAAAGAAAAUUUACUUUCGGAUAACCUUAACGAAACUGAAUUAAACACAUCCUCCUACUAUGAUUCUGUAGAGAAAUAA